UGCAGCCAAUUCUAUUCCAUUAAACGACGGUCCAUCACUUCUACCUCAGGAGCCAGGAGGGUUCUGGCAGUGAAUUCAAAAACAUAUCAGGCUCCCUCCAAAUCACCAAACACAUAUUUCCAUCUACACCCUUCAUAAUCCCCCGUAUUUUCAUACUCUCCUUCAUUUGGAUCAUUUCCCUCGUUCUUGCACAAAUUCAAUUUUUCUGAAGAUAGAAACACAAGAUCAGGGUUUCUAGAAAGAGAAAAGGAAAUAAAAAUUCUAGGGUUUUAGGUCAUGGAGGGUAUUCUGGUUCUUGAUUCAGAAAACAUCAACGUCGCAGGUAACAAAAUAAAGGGAGAGAAACUGAGAAAAGGGUCCAUGAUUGGAAUUGCGCCAAGGAGAACGCUUGCUGACAUUAGCAAUUUUCCUGUAUCAAGGAAAACGCUCGCUGAAGUUAGCAGUUUCUCGCAGCGAAACCAAGAUGGGAAAUCACAAUCUGUUGUAGUAGGUGAAGAUUACAUUGAGAAGCUCCAACGGGAAAUCAUGACAUUGACAAAGAUUGUCGUGGAUAGGAAUAAAAUUAUCGAGUUGAGUGCUAUUGAGUUGCAGAAGCUGAGAAUCAGAUUUCAGCAGUUACAGCAACAAAAUCAGCAACUUGCACAAACAAACAGCCAGAUGUUGGCGGAACUAAAUGCAGGCAAAGAUAAGCUUAAGGUAUUUCAACAUGAGCUGGGAUGUAAGAGUGGCUUGCUUGAUGCCAUAAAUUUGGAGCUGAAGGAGAAAGCAAAGAAAGUUAGAUGCCAGAUUAAGAGAAAUGAGGUUGAAACCAUCAAAGGUGAUGGGGCUGAACAACUCUCUCAACCAGAGGAGGAGAAUAAACCAUGUAACCCAAAAGGGAAACGCAAAGCAAAUGUUCAAUCUUUGGAAACUCGUCCUGUUCAACCACAAACUAAAGAGAAUGCUGACAAGAAGAGUAUUUCUCAUGACAGUGUGUGCUUGAGAAGGCAAUCUGCUAGGUUUAAGUCUGGAGAAGAAGAGCCUACAGAAAACAACGUUGAUACAAAGAGUUCUCCUGACAGCUUUUGUUUGGGAAGGCACUCUGCUAGGUUCAAGUCUGAAGAACAACUCAAUGAAAAGAACGAUGACAAAAGGAGCAGGACCUGUAGAAGAAAGGAAUCCAUUAGGAUUAAGUCUGAGGCACAAAUAGAAGAACCAACUGAAGAUUUGUUUCAGACUGAUGAUGCUAAAUUUCAUGUUCCUGCAAUACAUGGUGAUCCAGUUCAUGAAAGCUGUCCAACAUUAUCAGCUCCAUCUGUAAAAAUCAAAUCUGAAACAGGGAACGGUGCUCUCAGAUUUGAAACUCAAGAACCACGAAGGACAUCCCUUCGGCCAUCGUGUCGAGCAGCUGAGAAAGUCCAGUCCUACAAGGAAAUUCCACUCAAUGUGAAAAUGCGAAGAAAUACGGAAGAACAUCAUUUGCCAACAGCUAUCCAUGGCUAACAUUUAUAUCGUUGUGAUCCUGAUUUUAAUCCGAGAAAGCAGAAUGUUGAUGUUAAAUGAUGCAUUUACCAGAAAUUAGAAAUUGCUGGUGCUAUGCCUGUACAACAGUACGUAGCGGUUAAUGAGAGUAAGACCUGGUUCAGUUCUUCAGUUCUCA